GUCCGUCGCGACGAGAGUACGCUGUUGCCAGUGAGCGCCUCUGUUCGCGACCCAUCGAGCAAUUAGUGGUCACAUUCAGCUGUGCAGCCUCCCUGAAAAGUGUUUUUUUGUGGAGAAAAGCGUCCAAAAACUCCAGUGUUUGGACUGGGCAAAUGAGAAAAAAUUGUGUGAGCUUUCUUAAUCCGGCCGCAGAAUGAAAAUUAGUGAGAGUUAGUUUUACCGGCGUGUAAAUUAUCUAUACUUGUGGCAGUGAAGAGGAUUAAGUGUAAAGAUGAAUCAGAACGUGGGGACUUUUGUGCUGGCCGUGUGGCUGACACUGUGGGGCUCUUCAGUGGGACAAUCCACCGUCGCGGCGUCGGCCGGUCCCACCACUUGCCACACCGGCGACCGUCUGGCCGUCUACAGAGGCGUCUUGCACACCUACUGGACGCGCGAGCUCUUCCCCAAGCACUUCCCAGACUGGCGGCCGCCAGCACAGUGGACAAUAACCAUCGGUCGCACCCAUUCGCCGCACUGGCGCCUCUUCCGCGAGGGCCAGCUGGCGUUGCCGGGCGUGAAGCAGUUCGCGGAGACGGGAAAGAGUGACGUGCUCACGGACAGCUUGGACGAGGGCGUGUUUGACGCCUUCACGCUGCCCGCCAUCGGCAGCGGCAGCGGACGCAGCGAGGGGAAGUUCUUCGUGGACAGCAAUCACAGUGUCGUGUCACUACUCACGCGGAUCGUCCCGUCGCCCGACUGGUUCAUCGGCAUCGACUCGUUCUCGUUGUGCUCUGGAGACACAUGGAUUGAUAGUGUCACAGUGGAAAUGAAUCCAAUGGACGCUGGAACGGAUAAUGGAUUCACAUUCACUGCCCCGAAUUGGCCGACAGAGCCGCAGGGUGUGAUUUAUCGCAUAACAGCUCGAUAUCCUGCCCACCCGGCCGGCAGCUUUUUCUACCCGCAGAGCGCUCGCUUGCCGCCGAUUGGGACGUUCCAAUUUAUUAAAAUGAAAGAGUAUGAGCUGAGCGAAGUGUUCAAUCACGAGGAGGACGAUCGUAAAUAUGAGACUCUGGCCGUGGCGAAGACACACUUGAAGUCAGAGCGGAGUCAUGUGGAAAUGAAUAACGAGCUGUCGGCCAACAUUGAGCGGGAGCGCCAAUAUGAAGUGUCACCCUUGCCCAGCAUCAUCACCGAACGCGAUCGGAUUCGCGCCAGAUUGCUGGCCAGACUCAAUCCCAACAUCAACAACAGCAACGACUCCGUGUCCACUGUGAUCCCGAAGAACGACAAGAAGGCCCUACUCAGCAACAUAAUCGACAGCUACUCGACUGCAACUCCGUCACGGGCGCGCAACCGAGCGCGGCCGCGCCGUGACUGUCGCGUGAGUCACUGGACGGACUGGAGCGCGUGCAGCCAAACCUGCGGCAUUGGCGAGAUGCAUCGCCGGCGACACGUGCUGAAGCCGGCCAGGCGAGGCGGCAGGCCGUGUCCGCCGCUGCUGGAAUCCAAGUGGUGCGGUUCGGCGCGCGACUGUGCCGCCGCAGAAGACUACUUCAAGUGGUGAAGGCGUCAGUGUGUGCCCACGUUUCCCAAGGUAUGUUUAGAUGGCAAGCUACAUAACCCAAGUACACGUUCCCCGCGACAAGAUACACUGUCUGUAAUAAAUGUAACAAUGGCGACAAUAUUUGUGCAGAAGAGAAAAGAAGAAGUGGGCGAAAAGGACAAUUUUCCUCAAGAGGAGAUUCUUCCAAUUAGACUCGUUAGCUCACUCUGAAUAAAUUUAUUAAAUGUGAAAUGUUCUCGAUGUAAGUCAGCGUACAGGAGAGAAAGGUGCAGAAGAGGGCAAAUUUUUGAUUUGAAUUUGCAAACCUGACCAGAGUUGCUAGGCUGUUCGUUGACUGAGGAUUGUCAAUGAUGAGCCUUUCAGGGCAAUUUCAUUGCCUCCAAAUGUGAGUAUUUAGGAAAAUCAUAAGUGGAAAAUGAUACACAUUUCAUGAGAGAAAAUUGAAAGCUCUUAAACAUCAUCAUCAUGAAUACUAAUAUUUGCAAGCAAGGAUUUGCAUCCUUAAUCUGUUUACACUGCAACUCUGUUCAAUUUCACAAUAUCCACACUAAAUUGGCGCUGCGAGAGCUUUAUAAAAAAGUCAAGUGGCAGCGCGAAGGAAGAAUGUGUAAUAAUUUUUUUGGCAGUAGAAUCACUUUCUCUGUGUUCACUGAGCAAAAGUCUUGACAAAAGUGGAAAUUCCUUUCCCAGAGAGGCUUUAUAUUGCAUAUUUUGAACAAGGAGAAAAAUGAAGAUGUGCGCCGUG